AUGUCAGCCCAGCCGUCUACAUCCACCAGCGCCGCCAUAGCGCAGAUCGACAACGCCCCCACACCGCAGCAGCUGCUCUUUGCCAAAUCCAUCAUGCUGACGUUUGAGCUGUGGCCAGCGAUGCGCCUCGCGGUAUCCGAGCAGUGGGGCGGGCCCGAUUCCGCCGACAAGCGCGACUUCCUCCUCUCGCAUCUCUGCGAUCAAUACGGCAACCCAGGGUCUGCGUUCGAGCCGGACCUCGACGACCUCGCCGACAUCCUCGAGGGGUACAUGAUCGACGAGUACGAGGCGAGGCUCGAGGACGGUUCGCCCGACUGGGUCGCUGGUCGCAUCGUCGGAUUGCACAGGGUGAUCUUCGCACCGGAGGAGGACACGACCAAGGCGCAGGCUGCAGUGCGGGAAUUGGAAAAGGCAUACGAGGAGUUAAAGGGCAAGAAAGCUACAUUUGAGCAAGGCAAGAACGAGGAUGGCGAGGUGGACGGGGAAGAUGCGGAUGAGGAGAUGAGGGAUGCGAGGAGUAUGGCGCAGUCGCACGGCGGUGUCACAGAGGCGGAUCGACAGGGAGCGAGGGUCGGAUUGGAGCAGGAUCAGGCAAGGGCGGCGAGGGAGCCUCAGGGCCCAAUCGUGGACGAGGACGGAUUCGAGACGGUCGUCUCGCGAAGACGACGCAAGUGA